AAUUAUUAUUAUUAUUAUUAUUUGUGAAAUAAUAAUCAAAAUAACAAAAAAAACAACUAUUAUUGUUGUGUGAAGACUAUAUUAAUUUAAACUAUUGAAAGAUAAAUACCGUUUUUUUUGUGUGAGUCGGGAAAUACCCCCUCCUAAGUGUGUUAGUGUGUGUGUGUGCGUCUGGUUUGACCUCGAAAAACUAAAAACUACAGUUCCUCUUACACACCAGACAACAACCCCCAUCGACACCACACCACACACCCUCCCAUCAGCUCCAGAGUGGACCGACAAUGGAGGUAAUGCCGAAAAUCAAUGGCAACCUCCUGGAGAAUAUGCUGUUCAAAGUUAACUACUAUUAUGUACUAACUUUCCUAAUCGUAUCGCUGGUCAAACUGUUGGUCAUUGUCUAUGAUAUCCUGACAUUUCCCGUCUAUUUGUUGGCCCAAAAGCCGUGGCAACGCCGGGAAAAGGCUUCAGCCAUCCGUAGCCAACAGAUUGAUCCCGAAGAUCCAUUGUCGCCAUGGGUUCAGUCGGUUGUUGCGCCCAAACAUUUCAUCGAUUCGUGUCAUACGGUCGAUGAGGCCAUCAAAAAAUCCAUUGACUAUAACGGUCACGAAAACAAUUGUAUGGCCUAUCGGGAGAUUGUCGACGAAGAGGUUCAUCAUCUGAAUGGCAAACCGAUUACGAAAUUAGUUCAAACCGACUACAAAUGGGUUACGUACGGCCAGUUUGACGACCGAGUCAGUCGUAUUGGCCGCGGAUUGAUACUGAACGGUGUUAAACCCAAAGAUAUUGUUAUGAUAUUUGCCGACACAUCCAUCGAUUGGUAUACCUGUGCUCAGGCCAUACUCCGGAUGGGAGCGUCGGUCGGAACUUUGUAUUCAUCGCUUAAUGAUGAAGGUAUUGUCCACGGAUUGAACGAAACAGAGGUAACACACGUAAUCACAUCCAGACAAUUGUUGCCGAAACUGUUGAAACUAAACAAACAGAUACCGCGGAUGUCGACUGUUAUCUAUUUUGACAAUCGUGUUGCCAGUAAUAAGACAAACAACGACGAAGACAAUGCAAUUCGCGACGAAUGUAACGCUCGUACCGUCCGAUUGGUACCGUUGCGCGAGUUGGAGAGUGCCGGCCAACAGGCGUCGGCCAAUGGGAUCACAUUUGCGACCCCAAAACCCGAAGACAUAGCUGUGGUGUUGUAUACAUCAGGCUCGACAGGAGUGCCAAAAGGAGUGAAGAUAACUCAUAAAAACUUUUUGAAAGCCAUAUAUUCAUACAAACAGCUGUUCAACAGUUUACUCGAGAGCCGCGACCAACAGCUUUAUAUCGGUUAUCUGCCGUUGGCUCACAUACUCGAAUUGGUUACCGAAUCGAUUAUGUUUAUUGUCGGCAUCCGUAUCGGCUAUUCGACGCCAAACACACUGACCGACACUUCGACAGCUGUCAGACCGGGCGAUCGGGGCGAUGCCAGUCUACUUCAACCAACAUUUAUGGUAGCCGUACCCUUGGUUUUGGAUCGCAUACGCAAAGGCAUUGCCGACAAAAUCAAUCGCAAAGGACUGAUUGCCAGAAAGGUAUUCGAGUUUUUUGUCGACUACAAGACGUUUUGGUCGGAACAAGGUUUCGACACACCAAUCAUGAACCGAGUGUUGUGCGCUAAGUUUCAGGCAGUAGUGGGCGGCCGACUGUCCAUCAUAUUUGCCGGCGGCGCACCAUUGUCGCAGGACACACAAAAGGCCAUCAAAUCGUGCCUAAAUAUACGCCUACUGCAGGGCUACGGUUCUACUGAGACAUCGAUGGUCGGCUGUAUUAUGGAUAUGGACGACACCACUUUCGGUCGGGUGGGCGCACCGUUGAUCGACACCAAAGUUACAUUGAUUAACUGGGAAGAGGGCGGCUAUCGUAACACCGAUAGACCCAAUCCUAGAGGCGAAAUGGUUAUAUCGAGCGAUGCCGUCUCCCAUGGCUACUACAAGUUGGAAGCGGCCACUGAGGAGGCCUACUAUAAGGACUCUGAUGGCAAUACAUGGUUCAAGACUGGCGAUAUUGCCGAAGUGUUUCCCAACGGAACGUUCAAAAUUAUUGACCGCAAAAAAGAUCUGAUCAAAUUGGCACAGGGAGAGUAUGUAUCACUUGGAAAGAUUGAAGCCGAACUCAAGUGCAAUCCAUUUGUCGACAACAUCUGCGUCUACGGGCAUCUCUAUCACUCAUAUCUGGUGGCACUGGUCGUACCCAAUCAGUUGGCACUGACCAAACUAGCCCGUCGUCUCAAAGUGGACUACAUAUCGUACGGCGAGCUCUGUUCCGAUAAGAAAAUUGUCGCCUAUCUGACCGCCCAAAUCAAGAAACACUGCGCAUCGGCCAAACUCAACAAAUACGAAACACCAAUGACUGUCAAUCUGGUGCCCGAAGAGUGGACACCCGAUACCGGUCUGGUGACGGCGGCCAUGAAGCUCAAGCGCAAGAAUAUUGUGACCAAAUAUCAGAGAUGUAUCGACGCUAUGUACCAGAUAUCCGAUAAUAAUAAUAGUUAGAAAUUGUUUGUUUAUGUGAUUGUGUUGAAAGAGAGGGAGAGAGAGAGAGAGAGUAUGUGUGAUGAGAUUAGGAGGGGAGGGGUUGUAAGGUAUAUACAGAUACAGUACAAUACGACAUUAUAUAUAUAUAGAUUUAUAUGUAUACCUGUAUAUAUGAUAUAUAUAUAUAUAC